GGGUUGUAUUAAUAAGUCUACGUUGGUCGACUUAUUUGCUGGAGUAAAAAUGAAAAUAUUUCCAAAUGGAUACAGGAUAGAGCUAAAGGAAUUACUAGUGUUAGCUUGGCCGAUUACCAUAGAGACCCUUUUACAGUACUUAAUAUUGUCAGUAAGUUUGCUGUUUUGUAGUCAUCUUGGAAAAGAAGCGUUAGAUGGAGUUCAAUUAGCUACAACAACUAUAAAUGUAGUUGGUUCAUCUGUGAUCAUUGGUUUAUGUACGGCAUUCGAUACUCUAUUCUCACAGACAUUUGGAAGCAAAAACAAGAAUAAUAUUGGUCUCAUUCUACAACGAGGUAUUCUUAUCAUGUUAUUGGCCUGCAUACCAAUGUUUGCAGUCUUUGUUAAUACAGAGUAUUUAUUGAUCCUGGUAGGCCAAAAUCGUGAGGUAGCGAGACUCAGUGGUCAGUUCGUACUCAUUGUUAUUGCCGGAUUUCCAGGAUGUGUAAUAACAUUUGUUCUCAUGAGAUAUUUACAGUGUCAAAAUAUUGUUAUCCCUGGAGUUAUCUUACAGUUAGUUGCAAAUAGUUUCAAUAUAGUAUAUCAUUUAAUUUUGGUUAUUGGAUUAGAUCUAGGGGUCAGAGGUGCAGCAGUCUCUGUUGUAUGCACAUACUGGACGGAAGUUCUAUUAUACCUUAUGUUCAUAAGAUUCAGUAAAAUUUAUGAGAAUUCAUGGACAGGGUUCAGUAAAGAAGCUUUUCUAGAUUGGAGCACAUUUCUAAAUCUUGCGAUACCUGGAAUAUUUAUGAUAUCAGUAGAUUUUUGGAGUUUUGAAAUAUCAACUUUAGUCGUGGGUAUCCUCGGAAAUGUUCAACUGGCAGCUCACAGCAUUGUAUUCCAGAUCAAUCAGUUAAUAUUCAUGAUUCCAUUAGGGUUAUCUUCAGCUGUUUGUAUUAAAAUUGGACAAAAUGUUGGUGCUGGGGAUCCAAUCAAAGCUCAAACAACAUCAAGAGUUGCAAUCUUCGUUGGAUGGAUAGCUGCGUUGUUUACCAGCACAUUUUACAUUUCAAUGAAAGAUAUUGUUCCAAAAGCAUACACAAGCAACAGAGAAAUCUUACAGUUGACUUCAAAAGUGAUGCCACAGAUAGCUACAUACAACUUUAUCGAUAUAACAAUGCUGGUUUUGAAUGGUAUUUUACGUGGCACAGGACAUCAGAAAUACGGAGGCAUUGUUACGGUUAUAGCGCAUUAUAUCAUAGGAGUACCGCUUAUGGUAGUACUUGUCCUGUACACAUCUUUAGAAAUUGCAGGUGUAUGGUGGGCCUUCUGUACAGCUAUUGUGCUCAUGUUUGGUCUAUAUGCUGCCAAAGUAUUUUCAAUAAGCUGGGAAAAUGAGUGUAUAAAGGCACAAGAAAGGACAGCAUUAAAUGUGACAUACAAAGACCCUCCCGUCUUUGAAGGGGGUCCACUAUCAUCCAGUGAAUGCAGCUAUUCAGACACCAAACCAAGUACUGCGGACUGCCGACAGCUGUUUGAACAAAUAGUCGAAGAAAGCCCGCCAUCUCUGUUUAAAGUUGUUUUAUGUCAACGAUGCUUUAUAUUUGUUGUAUUACUGCUGAUUUUAGUUGUUAGUAUUGUAUUAAAUUUGUUUUUCCAUAGUAAGUUAAAAAGUGAUGUAGAAUGUUUUGUAAAUGAUACAAUUUACAAUGUCACCGAACAUUUGAAUAUAACGACGGCAAUCUCUUGCAAGCCUUAACCGUUAAAGCCUCGGUCACACCUUACCGGAUAGCUCGAACGGACGCCUAACAGAUAGCUUUUUUACAAUCCGUUCAUGUCCGUUAGACGUCCGUUCUUAUCCGUAAGCGUCCGUCCAUAUCAGUUGCAUGUCCGUUAAGCGUACGUUUUAUCCGUCGACGUCCGUUCUGUCCGGUGGAAAAUUUUGAGCAUGUUCAAAACUUUUAACGGACGUCCAACGGAUGAAAUGUCCGUACGUUUUAUCCGUCGACGUCCGUUCAGUCCGUUGGAAAAUUUUGAGCAUGUUCAAAACUUUGAACGGACGUCCAACGGAUGAAAUGUCCGUUAUGCGUCCGUUUUGUACGCUACUCUUCCGUUUUGUUUCCGUU